AUGAUUAAAUUGUCCAAACCUAUUACUGCUCCUCUCUCUGAAGAGUCCAAGCUGGUGACUUUGGAGACCCAAAAUGGUACUGUCGUUUGUGGUUACUCCUUUGGUGCUGACAUCUCUGCUGCUGGUGAGUUAGUCUUCCAAACCGGAAUGGUAGGAUACCCCGAGGCUCUAACUGACCCUUCCUAUGAAGGUCAAAUACUUGUCAUGACUUAUCCACUGAUUGGCAAUUACGGUGUGCCUGACAGGGAAGCUAGAGAUGACGUUGUUUCCUCUUUACCGAAGUACUUUGAGUCGCACCGCAUCCAUAUUUCCGGUCUUGUAGUAGCUUCUUACACCAAGGAUUAUUCUCAUUACUUGGCCAAGUCUUCCUUAGGAGAGUGGCUUAAAGAACAGGGUAUUCCUGCUAUCUAUGCAGUCGAUACUAGAGCUCUUACCAAGCAACUCCGUGAAAAGGGUUCUACUUUGGGAAGACUGUGUAUUCAGAAACCUUCUGCUACUGCUACAGAUAUUUUGGAUACUUCUACUUCGGUUUAUAACUGGCAUCAAUACUUUGACGUGCCAGACUGGGUUGAUCCAAACACUCAUAACUUGGUUGCUCGUGUUUCGGCUCCUAAGCCUGUCGUCUACGAUCCCCCUGCCGAUUUGGCUCGCAUAGGCUCAGAUGGUAAGCCUCUUAGGAUCCUUGCCAUUGAUGUGGGUAUGAAAUUCAAUCAAAUCCGUUGCUUUGUUAAACGUGGUGUUUCUUUAAAAGUUGUUCCUUACAAUUAUGACUUUUCCAAAGAGAGCUACGACGGUUUGUUUGUGUCCAACGGUCCUGGUGAUCCCUCUGUCAUGUCAGAUACUGUUGAGAAAUUGUCUGUUGCGCUUGCCGAUGCCAAGACUCCCGUCUUUGGUAUCUGUUUGGGUCAUCAAUUACUUGCUCGUGCUGCCGGUGCUUCCACUUUGAAGCUUAAAUUCGGUAACAGAGGUCAAAAUAUUCCUUGUACUUGCACCCAAUCUGGAAGAUGCUAUAUCACCUCGCAGAAUCACGGUUAUGCUGUUGACGUCGCUACCCUACCUGAAAACUGGAAGGAGCUUUUUGUCAACGCCAACGAUGGCUCGAACGAGGGUAUAUACAGCACUGAGAAGCCUUUCUUUUCCGUACAAUUUCACCCAGAGUCUACACCUGGUCCCCGUGAUACCGAAUUCCUCUUUGAUCUUUUCAUCGAUUCCGUUGCUGACUUCCAGAAGACUCAUGUUCUCAAGCCGAUUGUCUUUCCAGGAGGUACAGCUAAGGAAAACGAGAAGAAGCAUCCUCGUCUCAAUAUUAAGAAGGUUCUUGUGUUGGGUUCUGGUGGUCUUUCCAUCGGUCAGGCUGGUGAAUUUGACUAUUCUGGCUCCCAGGCCAUUAAGGCCUUGAAAGAAGAAGGAAUAUACACCAUUCUUAUCAACCCGAACAUUGCUACCAUCCAGACUUCCAAAGGUAUGGCUGACAAGAUUUAUUUCUUGCCUGUCAACCCAGACUUUGUUCGUAAGGUUAUCAAGCAUGAGCGUCCCGAUGCUAUCUAUUGCACUUUUGGUGGACAAACUGCUUUGAACGUUGGCGUUAAGUUGAGAGACGAGUUUGCAGACCUCGGCGUUAAAGUUCUUGGUACCCCGAUUGAGACCAUCAUGACUACCGAGGACCGUGAGCUAUUCGCUCGUGCUAUGGAGCAGAUUAACGAGAAGUGUGCCAAGUCCGAGUCAGCCAAUAACUUGCAAGAGGCUCUCAACGCUGCUCAUGACAUUCACUAUCCGGUUAUUUGUCGUGCUGCUUAUGCCUUGGGAGGUUUGGGCUCUGGAUUUGCUUACAACGAUGAGGAUCUGACCAAAUUGUGUGACAAGGCCUUCGCCAUCUCUUCUCAAGUUUUAAUUGAAAGAUCCAUGAAGGGCUGGAAAGAGAUCGAGUACGAGGUUGUUAGAGACGCUUACGACAAUUGUAUCACCGUUUGUAACAUGGAGAACUUCGAUCCAUUGGGCAUCCACACCGGUGACUCCAUAGUGAUUGCUCCUUCUCAAACAUUAUCUGAUGCUGACUACAACAUGCUCAGAACCACUGCCGUCAACGUGAUUCGUCACUUAGGUGUCGUUGGUGAGUGUAACAUCCAGUAUGCUUUGAACCCAGAGUCGAAGGAGUAUUGUAUUAUCGAGGUAAAUGCUCGUUUGUCACGUUCGUCAGCAUUGGCUUCUAAAGCCACUGGUUAUCCAUUGGCUUACACAGCUGCAAAAUUGGGUUUGAAUAUUCCUCUAACUGGCAUCAAAAACUCUGUCACAAAGGUUACUUGUGCAUGCUUCGAACCAUCCUUAGAUUACUGCGUCGUGAAGAUUCCUCGCUGGGAUCUUAGAAAGUUUAGUAGAGUGUCUACUUCACUUUCUUCUUCAAUGAAAUCCGUCGGUGAAGUCAUGAGCAUCGGUCGGAACUUUGAGGAAGCUAUACAGAAGGCCAUCCGCUCUACUGACUACCAGAACUUGGGAUUCAAUGUGUCCUCUGAGGUCUCUACAGAGGAGAUUGAUCAAGAGUUAGAAGUUCCUUCUGAUAGACGUCUCUUUGCUGUGGCCAACGCUAUGGUGAAGGGAUACAGUGCCCAGAAAGUCCAUGACAUGACCAAAAUCGACCUUUGGUUCCUCUACAGGUUAGAGUUCUUGAUUAAGUUUGGCCACAAAAUCGCUUCUUAUGGCGGCAAGGAAUCUCUACCAUUGCAGGUUCUUCGUCAGGCUAAGCAGCUUGGCUUUGAGGAUCGUCAGAUUGCCAAGUUUCUUGCCUCCAACGAGGUGGCCAUUCGCCGUCUCAGAAAGGAUGCUGGAGUUUUACCCUUUGUCAAGCAGAUCGACACUGUGGCAGCAGAAUUCCCUGCUUUCACGAACUACUUGUACAUCACCUACAAUGCUGACGAGAGCGAUGUCACUUUUGAUGACCAUGGUGUCAUGGUACUUGGUUCCGGUGUCUAUCGUAUUGGAUCUUCCGUUGAGUUUGACUGGUGUGCCGUUAGGGCCAUCAGAACCCUUCGUGAAAAUGGCUACAAGACAAUCAUGGUGAACUUCAACCCUGAAACAGUGUCUACCGACUAUGAUGAAGCUGAUCGUCUCUACUUUGAGACCAUCGACUUGGAAAGGGUGCUUGACAUUUAUGAGCUUGAGAAAUCAUCCGGCGUUGUCGUUUCUAUGGGAGGUCAAACUUCCAACAACAUUGCUUUGCAGCUCUCUCGACAGAACGUUAACGUUCUUGGUACCUCUCCGGAGAUGAUCGACUCUGCUGAAAACAGAUAUAAGUUUUCGCGUAUGUUGGAUCGUAUAGGAGUGGAUCAGCCUGCAUGGAAAGAGCUUACCUCAUUCUCAGAGGCUGCCGAGUUCGCCGAGAAUGUCCACUAUCCUGUGCUUGUCAGACCUUCUUAUGUGCUAUCUGGUGCUGCUAUGAACACGUGCUGGUCUAAGGAUGACUUGGCAAACUACUUGAACCAAGCAGUGACCGUUUCUCCUGACUAUCCAGUUGUUAUUACCAAGUAUCUUGAAAACGCUAAGGAGAUUGAAAUGGAUGCUGUUGCCAAGGAUGGAAAACUUGUGAUGCACGUUGUUGCCGAACACGUGGAAAAUGCUGGUGUUCACUCUGGAGAUGCCACUUUAGUGGUCCCUCCUCAGGACUUGUCCAAGGAGACCGUCGAGAGAAUCGUUGAGGCCACUGCCAAGAUCGGUAAGGCCUUGGCUGUCACCGGUCCUUAUAACAUUCAGUUUAUGGCCAAGAACAACGAGAUCAAGGUUAUCGAAUGCAAUGUUCGUGCUUCUCGUUCUUUCCCAUUCAACUCUAAAGUUGUCGGCACUGACAUGAUUGAGAUGGCCACUCGUGCUAUUAUGGACAUGCCUUUGACUCCUUAUCCGGGUAAGAAGUUGCCUGACAACUACUGCGCUGUUAAGGUUCCUCAAUUCUCCUUUUCGAGACUUUCUGGAGCCGAUCCUAUUCUGGGCGUUGAAAUGGCUUCUACUGGUGAGGUUGCUUGCUUUGGUCACGACACGUACGAAGCUUACGUGAAGUCUUUGAUUGCUUCCGGCUUUACCUUGCCAAAGAAGAACAUAUUACUUUCAAUUGGGUCUUUCAAAGAGAAGCAGGAACUGCUUCCGUUCAUUGAGAAGCUACGUAUUAUGGGAUACCACAUCUUUGCCACAUCUGGUACUGCUGACUUCAUCCAUGAACACGGCAUUCCAGUCAAGUAUUUGGAAUUACUCAAUGAUGAUGAGGAAGAGCAGAAGGCUGAGUAUUCUCUUACUCAGCAUUUGGCUAAUAACUUGAUUGAUCUCUACAUCAACUUGCCUUCAGCCAACCGGUUCAGAAGACCUGCAAACUAUGUUUCUAAGGGCUACAGAACCAGAAGAAUGGCAGUUGACUACGCAGUUCCAUUGGUUACCAACGUCAAGUGUGCUAAACUUCUCAUCGAGGCUUUGUCUCGUGAUAUCGACUUGCAGGUGAGUAGCAUCGAUUCCCAGUCUUCUCACACAACUAUUGAACUUCCUGGUCUCGUUGCUCUUUCCACAUUUGUUCCUAACUUGGAUGAUAGGGCUGGUGCAAAGGCCUUUGAGGAUACAACUAAGGUGGCUCUUGCAUCUGGUUUCUCCUUUGUGUCGGUUCUCCCUUACGAUCUCUCCGGCGCUGCUAUUACCGACGUCGGAACUCUAGCUAGAAUCCACGAUCUCAUUCGAAAUUCUGCAUACACCGAUUACUCCUUCUCUGUGGCUGCAACUGAGGGAAACAGCGAAAGAAUUCAGCCGACUUCGGGCUCUGUUUCUUCGUUGUUUGUCAAAACUGAUGAUUUCAACAUCAAGGACAAAGUGAUCAACCUCUCUUCCCACUUUUCCGAGUGGCCCGAGACUAAGCCUAUCAUAGCUGAUGCCAAUAAGACAGAUUUGGCUUCUGUUUUGCUUCUUGCCUCUCUGUUUAACACUAGAAUUCAUGUCACCAACGUCACUGAAUCUGGUGAUCUCUCUUUGAUCGCUAUGGCCAAGGAGAAAGACCUGGGCGUGACCUGUGAUGUUAGUGUCUAUAGCUUGUUCUUGUCCCAAAAAGACUACCCUAAUGCCACUUUCUUACCUACUAAGGAAGACCAGAAAGCUCUUUGGGAUAACCUUGAUCAAAUCGACUGUUUCUCUGUCGGUUAUCUACCUACAGAACUUGCUUCCUUCCUUGGCAAACCUAUCAAGACUGGUUUGGGUUUUGCCGAUGUUGUGCCUUUACUUUUGCAGUCUGUCUCUGAAGGUAAGCUGACUGUCGAUGAUAUCAGGGCCAAGAUGCAUGACAAUCCAAUUAAGAUCUUAGGCUUAGGCGACGUCAAUUCUGUCAUUGAAGUGGAUGAGGAUCGUCUUGUGUCCUCUCUCAAGUCCAAAUUCUCCCCUUCAUGGUCUCCGUUCCAGGACAAGGACCUCAGGGGAGCGGUGGAGCGUGUUCUAAUGAAUGAUCAAACUGUUUGUUUAGAAGGUGAGUUUGUUGUGAAAGAAGCUCUUGGUAAAGAGGGUAUUGUCUCUGCUCAACAUCCGUCUUCUUUGGCUCAGGACUCCUCCAAACUAGCAACCGGCUCGUCUCUUUCUGAGACGUCUGUGCCUCCGUCUUCUAUGGCUUCACCAAUGUCGCCAAUUUUGACUUCGUCACGCAGAAGAUCAUCUAGAUUAUCAUUCGAUGCCAGUAAGAGAACGGCUCUUAAGGCUGGAUUCAGGGAUUCCUUGGCUAUCGAAGAGAUCGAGCAUUUAACUGGUGCGGACUUGGUCUCUUCACUACCUCCUCGCGAAUUAAGUCCUCCUAAUGCUAUCUCUUCGUUGAUCAGUAGCAAAAACCCAUUCCUUCGCAAGAGUAUUCUUUCCGUCAACAACAUCUCCAGAGACGACUUACACGCAUUGUUUGCAGUUGCUCAAGAGAUGAAGUUGGGCGUCGAAAGAAAGGGUGUCCUAGACAUUUUGAAGAGCCGCGUUCUUGUUACUGCCUUCUAUGAGCCUUCUACAAGAACUGCUUCCUCCUUUAACACUGCAAUGCAGAGAUUGGGAGGUCGUGUUGUUGCCAUCAAUAGUCAAAGCUCUUCCGUCAAGAAGGGUGAGACUCUUCAGGACACUAUAAGAACAUUGGCCUGCUAUGCUGAUGCCAUUGUUCUUAGACAUCCAUCCGAGGACUCUGCCUACAUUGCAGCUAAGUAUUCUCCGGUUCCUAUCAUCAAUGGUGGUAAUGGUUCGAGAGAGCACCCUACACAGGCUUUCUUGGAUCUGUUCACCAUCAGAGAAGAGCUUGGUACCAUUAAUGGUAUCACCAUUACCUUUAUGGGAGAUUUGAAGUACGGAAGACCUGUGCAUUCGCUCAUAAAGUUGUUGAAGCACUACCAGGUUAAGGUUCAGUUGGUUUCUCCUAAGGAGCUUAGGUUACCUCGUAAUUUGGUCGAAUUCCUCAAGGAGCACUACAAGCCUGUUAUUGAAUCCACUGAGUUGACUAAGGAGAUUAUCGCCAGAUCGGAUGUUCUCUACUGUACCAGAGUUCAGGAAGAGAGAUUCGAUGACAAAGCUGAGUACGAGAGAUUGAAGGACGCUUAUAUUGUUGAUAAUAAGAUUCUUUCUUACGCUAAACAGCACAUGUGUGUUAUGCACCCAUUACCUAGAAUCCAUGAGAUUAAGGAAGAGGUCGAUUUUGACCAGCGUGCUGCUUACUUCAGAGAGAUGCGUUACGGUUUGUUUGUCAGAAUGGCCUUGCUUGCCAUGGUGAUUGGUGUUGAGAUGUGA